UUUUUUUUUUCUUUUUUCUUUUCUGUCUCCUAACAAAAUGGAGUGCUGCAGCUACUGGGAGGCCAGAGAACGAUUGUGCAGCUGAGUCCUCCUCACAAAUGCCAAGGAUUUCCUCCCUCGUGGUUCGCUGCUGCUAAAUGAAACAAUUAUCAACGCUAGAAGGCAGUUUGCUAAUCAAGAGGGAUGAGGCUGCUGUUUCUUUAAAGUGUCAGAAUCGAGGAGGGGGAAGAAAGGGUCGUGCGCGGUGUCUUUUUAACCUUGCUGAAGGACGCAGCAGUAUUUAUUGACGUAUGCAAAUAACUAGGGGAGGGUGGUGCUUGGGAAAAAACAGGAACCAGAAUCAGUUUCUCAUUGCCGGGUGAACGCUCUUAGUUCCGGUGAAGGGAAAAGAGACGUGGCGAAAUUGCUGUCUUUCUGUCUUAUAAGCACAUCUCUCACUAAUCCAGAAAGGGAACCAAGACAUCAGAAAGGGUGAAGACGCUCUCACAGUGUUUUUAGAGACCUCGCGUGAGCCCUCCCACCCCAGCCCGACCUGUUCUUCUAAAUGGGAGAUUAUGGAUUUGCUUUGCAAUUGGCUAGUAGCGGAGGCACUGGAUUUUCGCAAGUAAAACACCCGCCCGCUUCAGCGAGGGGCAUUAACGAUCACAUUGACAAUAACGCGUCUCUCUUUUUUCCCGUUUCAGCUGCGCAAACCAUGCAGGAUGAUUUACUGAUGGACAAAAGCAAAACCCAGCCCCAGCCCCAGCAGCAGCAGCGGCAGCAGCAGCAGCAGCCCCAGCCCGAGCCCAGCGCAGCCGAAACCCCGUCCACGCCCCUCUCCUCGGAGACCCCCAAGCCGGAGGACAGCAGCGCAGUGCCGGCCCUUAGCCCUGCCGCGGCCCCGCCGGCCCCCAACGGCCCCGAAAAGAUGCAGAUGGAAUCGCCGCUCCUGCCGGGCUUGAGUUUCCACCAGCCCCCUCAGCAGCCGCCGCCGCCGCAGGAUCCCGCGGCGCCGGGUGCGUCGCUGUCGCCGUCCUUCGGCAGCACCUGGUCCACGGGCACCACGAACGCGGUGGAGGACAGCUUCUUCCAGGGGAUCACCCCAGUCAACGGGACCAUGCUCUUCCAGAACUUCCCGCACCACGUCAACCCCGUCUUCGGAGGCACCUUCUCCCCGCAGAUCGGCCUGGCGCAGACCCAGCACCACCAGCAGCCGCCGCCGCCCGCGCCGCAGCCCGCGCAGCCUGCGCAGCCCCCGCAGGCGCAGCCCCCGCAGCAGCGCCGGUCGCCGGCCAGCCCCAGCCAGGCGCCCUACGCGCAGAGGAGUGCCGCCGCGGCUUACGGCCACCAGCCCAUCAUGACCAGCAAGCCGUCCUCGUCCUCGGCGGCAGCGGCCGCCGCGGCCGCAGCUGCCGCCUCGUCCGCCUCGUCCAGCUGGAACACGCACCAGAGCGUGAACGCCGCCUGGAGCGCGCCUUCUAACCCCUGGGGCGGCCUGCAGGCGGGCCGGGACCCUCGCCGGGCGGUCGGCGUGGGCGUGGGCGUGGGCGUCGGGGUGCCUUCACCGCUCAACCCCAUCUCGCCGCUCAAAAAACCCUUCUCCAGCAAUGUGAUCGCGCCGCCCAAGUUCCCCCGCGCGGCCCCGCUCACCUCCAAGUCCUGGAUGGAGGAUAACGCUUUCCGGACCGAUAAUGGUAACAAUCUGUUGCCAUUUCAGGACCGGAGUAGGCCCUAUGACACUUUUAACUUGCACUCGUUGGAGAACUCCUUAAUGGAUAUGAUAAGGACUGAUCAUGAGCCUCUGAAAGGUAAACACUACCCUCCCAGUGGCCCACCAAUGAGUUUCGCUGAUAUAAUGUGGAGGAAUCAUUUUGCAGGACGCAUGGGAAUAAAUUUCCAUCAUCCAGGAACAGAUAAUAUUAUGGCACUUAACACCAGGAGCUAUGGGCGGAGACGAGGUCGGUCUUCUCUCUUCCCCUUUGAAGAUGCCUUCCUGGAUGACAGUCACGGCGAUCAGUCCUUGUCCUCUGGCUUAAGUUCCCCCACUCGCUGUCAAAAUGGGGAGCGAGUAGAGCGCUACUCUAGAAAGGUGUUUGUUGGAGGCCUUCCUCCUGACAUCGACGAAGAUGAGAUCACUGCCAGCUUCCGCAGGUUCGGACCUCUCGUGGUGGACUGGCCUCACAAAGCUGAAAGCAAGUCGUACUUUCCUCCGAAAGGUAAUGCCCUUGAAAGGUCUCCUCUGCCGGCACCUAAAGUGUCUCCGCUGCCUGCCUGUUGGAGAGCUAGCUCGAUAGUUCAGUUCAAUAGCCAAAAACAUUUGGGAAAAAGUGAUAUAAUUCUGACAAGUCUUGCAGUGCAAAUUCGACCAUGGAACCUAAGUGACAGUGACUUUGUAAUGGAUGGUUCUCAGCCUUUGGACCCCAGAAAAACUAUCUUUGUUGGGGGAGUUCCACGACCCCUUCGAGCUGUUGAACUGGCAAUGAUCAUGGACCGUUUGUAUGGUGGUGUCUGCUAUGCUGGCAUUGAUACGGACCCAGAGCUGAAGUACCCCAAAGGUGCUGGCCGCGUGGCGUUCUCCAAUCAGCAGAGCUACAUCGCAGCCAUCAGCGCUCGCUUUGUGCAGCUCCAACACAAUGACAUUGACAAACGGGUGGAAGUGAAGCCAUAUGUGCUGGAUGAUCAGAUGUGUGAUGAGUGCCAGGGCACACGCUGUGGGGGGAAGUUUGCCCCGUUCUUCUGUGCCAACGUCACCUGCCUGCAGUAUUACUGCGAAUACUGCUGGGCCAGCAUCCACUCGCGCGCCGGGCGGGAGUUCCACAAACCGCUGGUGAAGGAGGGAGGCGACCGCCCUCGCCACGUCCCCUUCCGCUGGAGCUGAGCCCAGGGCAGACCUGGCCACAAGUACUGGAGUAGAUGACACGGAGGGAAACGAGAGGGCACUGCCUCAGGGCUUACAGUGUUCUGGAAAUCUGUGCAUUCGUUCUCGAUUUUUAAAGAAGAAAUGGGUCUUUUUAUUAUUAUUAUUAUUAUUUACAGUCAUAUUACUGAACUCAAUGUCCAGUAUAAUGCAAAAUUGCAGAGUGUAUAACGGUACUGAUUUGCACUUUGAUUCACACCUUUGUCUGCUUGGUACCUUCAUUUCUUUCACCUGACUUGUCCCUCGUGACAGUACGUAGACUGCCAUUCUCAUCAGCGGCCGUCAGGUCGACGUCUGUGAUUUUUUCGUUUGUUGUUGUUGUGUUGUUGUUGUUCCGAUUGUUUUUGAACUGGAGCAUGCACUUAUUUUCAGAAACUUAGAGAGUUGCCCCUAGGAGAAGACUUACCAAAGGUAAUACUCGUGAGUAGGUGGCAGAUGUAGCAAAAACUUCACAACAAUUCAGCAUCACUAGUUGGGGUCAUUUAGAGUAAGGAUAACCCUUAAUGAAAAUAAGCCUUUAGUUGCUCUCUAUCUUGACAUGUAAGGAUACCUCAUAAGCUGAAUCUUUAUUUUUUCCUUCACGUUUUGAUUUUUUGUUUUGCUGAGGACUUCAGUUAGAUCUUUUAGUGUUACGUAAAUUUAUGCUGCAAUAGCUUUUGCUGCUAUUAAAAUGGUAUUAUUAAUACCAUAAUACUCUAUUCAGGCUAAGGUAUCAAUGAAAAAAAAACCCAACAACACACUUCUGUGAUUUAGGGAUAGAAUCCGCUGCCGAAAGGAGAUCAGAAGAGACUUCAGAAGGCUUCAACGGAAGGUCACUAUUUCUGACUGCAUGUUUACUUAAUCAGGUUGCUGCAUGCAAUAAAUUUUAUAUCCAAUGUCUAGUAUGAAACCUUCCCACAAUGCACAAAUUAAGAAUCUAUAUAAGCUAUAAAAUACUGAUUUUUUUUAAACAAAAAAAAAACAAGAUUUUUUUCAUUCAAAGAAUUGGUAAUUGACUGGAGGAAGGCAUGCCUCAAUAAAUGGAAUGCUUCUGAAAUUAGGAAGAGUCCAUAACAGAAUGACCUAUAUUACAACCAAUAUACAACCUAGGUGUAGGAUAUUCUUAAAGCAAAUUCGUGGAUGGUAGAUGAAGUACUUUGCGGUGCUCUGUUAUAUAUUGUGCAAUUUAUUUUAUAUAGUAAAGUGAUUAUGUCUAACUGUGAUCAAACUUAACUGUUUAAAGCCUCUGUGUCAGACGUUAAUGAACUUGACAGUUCACAACUGGUAUACUCUUAACUAACACAUGAGCUCUUAGUUCCAAUCUCCUAGUGCUUGCACCAUUUUACAUAGCUUCAGACCUUGUCCAGAAAACCAAAGAGCUCAUCUUAGCUUACAAACACUAGGAAUAUAUACAGUAUAUAGAGAUAAGUUGUCAGAUUGACAAACUAGGCACACUUUAAGAAAAAGUCGCGUGAUGGUGAUGCUAAAGAAAUGUCUGUACAAGAAACGAUGGCCUGGGUGGGGUUGGUUGUCUGGGUGAGAAAUUCACUACUUAAUUCCCUGGAUUUAUCCUGUAAAGCUUGAAUAGAAUUAAGACCUGCUAAUACUACCGUGGACAUUUUUUUAGCAUUCACUCUUGGGCUGCAGAUAGUAAUAUAUAAACACACACGAUGAUUGUGAGACUAUGUAGAUUUUUUUUUAAUCUUCUUCCUAUGUUUUGGAAAUCUGGGGACAAUCUGACUGGAUAUGACACUGCAGACUAGGUUUAAAUCGCUGUGUUUUACGUGCUGUGAUGUCCUUGUACUGUCUUAAGUUAAUAUUGCUUGUUUUCGUCCCAUUCUGUUUUGUUUCUCCAGUGUUUCGUUGCAAUUACCAGCUCUCAAACUAUAGAUUGUUUCCAAAAAGGAAAAACAAAAUAGUUUUUUACUGGAUUAAAAAUGCUUAUUAGAAAUUCUCCCCUUUUGAGGUUACCUCUGGGCUUUUUGGUAAGAAUUGCUUUUUUCCAGCCCAGCUGUGGUUUUCUGUUUGUUUGUUUUCUAUGUUUGUGGUUUGUUUUUUCAUCUGUACAAGAAAUUUUGUUAUGCACUACUACUUUUUGUAUUCUAGACAGUUUUCAAAAGUUGGCUGAAGAUUUUUUUGUUUGUUUGUUUUUAAGGAAAAAGGCAUGCUUUCUGACUGACAUGAUCUUUUGCAAUACCUCAAUUUUGAAAUAUAGGAGAGAAAAUGAUAUUUUCUAAGUAAGUUUAUUCAGAAAAAUAUAUAUUAAUUUAAUUCUGCAAGAAAAAUGAUUUAACAGAUGGGUAACUUUAUUUUUUUCAUGCUUAUUUGUGUUUUUUGAAAAUGAAGAAGUUAGAGCUUUAUAACUAUAAUAUUAAAGAUCAUAUCUAACCUACAGAAAUCUACCUAAUUAUAUGAAAGAAGCAAAACUUUUUGAAGAAGCACCCCUCUUUCAUGUACUAAAAUAACACUGAGAUUUAAAAAAACAACAACAACAACAAAAAAGCUGGAAGAUUGUACAGCAUAAAGCUUAACGUGAAAGUGAGAAAAAACGUGGUCAUGAAGAAUAGGUUACAAAAAAUAAACUCCAUUUGGUGCUGAAAGUUGUGAAUAGAUGGUGGAAACUACUUUCCCUUAAUUUGUAUAUUUAUAAUCAAGCGUUGAUUGUGCACGACUGGCCAGGAUUGUGAAAGAAUUCUUCUGUUUGUAUUUUUUUAAAGAGAACUUUUUUAGUUUAUUAAAUUAUAACAUGUUCCCUUUUGUUUUGUAAAUAAAUGUGCCCCCCUCCCCCAAGUUGUUAAUGUUAUAUUAAAAGAGAGGGUCCUUCAAAAAAAAUUAUUUUUUAAAACACAGAGGUGUUCUGACCUGCAACUUGACUGGGAAGCCCCUGGGUAUCACAGGUCCUGUUGUGGCCUUUCCUUGAUGUGACACUUGAACUAGUCGAUUUUUUGAAGGCUAUAACCUAACCUCGACUAUUUGUUGUUAUGUGCAAUACUGUUUGUACUGUUUGUAUAAAAAAUAGAAAAAAAAAGAAAAGAAAAAAGGCAUAAAUCUUUAUUGCAGAUUUAUUUUCAUUGCAAACUUUAGACAUUGUGAUUCACUGAAAUCAUUUUUCUACUGUCAAAUAUGUACCUUUUCUUCAUGCUGGUAUUUUUUCAAUAGUAAUGUAGCCUUUGUACUGAGACAAAUUUUCAUUGUUAUUUUUAGAGAGAUUUUUUGCUAAGAAAAAAAUUAAACAUAUUUACAUAUUUUUCAUUUUAUUUCGUAUUUUCUUUAAGGAGUGCUUUCUCAAUCAUUAAUAGAGUUGUUUCUGGGAGGGACUUUCAUAUCUGGUCAAUGUCAUAAUAUUAUUUUGUAUUUUUACUUGGAAUAAAUUAAUUUUAUGAUGCUAAUUCUUUAAAAGUUUAUUUUUUUCAUUUUCAGUUAUUUUUGAAGCUAAAACCUUUGUAAUAUUGUUACUAAAGUGUCUAGUUUUUUGAAAUGCAAAGCUUUAUGUAUUAACUUGCUGAUGUGGUUUACAAUAGUGUGACAACAAUGAAAACGGUUGGUUAUGUAAAGUGAUUGGAAAAUGUAAUGAAUAAUUGGGUAAUAAAAUGACAGAAUGAGCAGAA